AUGAAUGAACUUAAUGAAUAUGAUGGAUUAAAUUUUAACGAAUAUGAAAACAUGGAUAAUAAUGAAUUUGAUAAAAAGAACGUAACUGGAAAUAAAAGUUAUGAAUUCAACGAAGAUCUCUAUAUACCAACUAGUUUAAAUGAUAACGUUAUGGAAAAUAAUGUUAAUUAUGAUAAUAUUAAUAUUGAUUAUAGUAGUAAUUAUAAAGACCUAGAAAUUGAUAAAAGAGAAAAUCCCGAUAUGAUGAAUAAUAAUAGAUAUGAUAUUAACAAAAAUAAUGACAGUGUAAGUAAAUAUGCAACAUUAGGAAAAGAAAGUAAAAUUUCUAUUGAAAACUCAUAUGAACAAUUUUUUGAAAAUGAAUCAGAAAUAUCCGACACUGAAGAAUCUGUUACUUGGGAAACAGAAAGGUUAAAAAGAAUUGAAGAAAGAAAAGAAUACGAAGAAAAAAAAAAAAAAGAAAUAAAAAAAAAAGCUGCUGAAGAUUUAAAAAAGUGGUAUGAAGAAAUGGCAGUUGUUAUAAAAGAAAACAAACAAAAUUCAAAAAAAAUAUCAGAAGAAAAAAAAGAAGAAAAUAAUGAUAAUAAAAUAUGGCUAAAGGUUUCUCAAUAUCUAGAUUUAGAGAAAGGCGAAUAUUUUAAAGAGAAUAGCAGAAUGAAACAAGUUUUGCUAAAAUUGCUAAAGGAGGAAGAAGCAGCGUCAUAA